AUGGCGAGACCCGCUAGUGGAGGGUCCUGGUGGGGCGUGCUUUCCUCGGCUGCGAGUUCGGAUUCAGCCCAACUAUGCAAAUGUCGUCGUCGGAUCGAAGCCAGGUUGAGAGCGAUUAGUACUGCAAAGAAUAAGACGCUGACAGCAGAUAUGAUGUUGCCACAACCCAUGAGGUUACGAGCAAAACGCGCAAGCAAGCGAGCCCUUGGUUUCGGCAAUCUUCGUCUUAGUUCGCCGACAUGUUUGCUUACUGAAUGCGAGCAGCCGAGCACUACACUCCUAGCAAGUGUACUUCUCAUGGAAGUUAUGAGCGCAGCAUCCAAGCCUCCCAAUUUUGAGAGAAGGUUCAAGCUCGACAACCCGCCAUCGCGCAAUCACGCCCUAUCGCAACGUCGUUCGAUGGUCGAUAUCACGAGAUGUCUUGAUAUGCAGGAAGCCAGAUUUUUCAAUCAUCCAUCGCCAAUGUCAACACCAACAGGACUCGAGACAUUCCCACUGGAAAUAUGGCUGUGGGUCUUGGAGUACAGCUCAAUCGGAGUCCAUAGGGCGAUGAGCCAGCUAUCGAGCGCUUUGCAUCAGAUUACACGCAAAAGAUUGUAUCAUACCAUGGUGUUCGGACAUCAAGGACUCGGAGGUUUCACAAAAGACACAAAUCAUGACGCGACUUGGUGCCGUGAUCUAGAGCUCUUUUAUGAGUCGCACAAGGAUCGUGAUGACUGGAAGCCACAUGUUCAUAGGGUAUAUAUACAAUGCGAUGACAGUUACUUCGAUGACAAUGGUAUAACGUUACUCAACGAGGAAGAUUUGGCAGUCUGGAAGGUCACUUCUCUUUUUGCCCAUUCUGCUUCGACGCUGCAAAACUUGAACUUCUUUCAUACUACAACGCCAUAUAUGGGGAUAAUGUCCUGGGAAAACCGGACUCCGGCUUGUGGUAUAACUUCAUUGUCUUUGGCCAUGCAAGACGAGAGUGAUCCGGGUCGGGGCAUUGACGUCGAAUGGAUGGACAGAAUCAGUUACACGCUCGGGGAGAUGCCGACGCUUCGUUUUCUGGAGAUCAGAAGCUGGGGUAUGACGGAACAUCCUAUGGUUUACUCCUCAUUCGCUGAGUUUGGAACUUGGAGCAUAACACAUCUCGGUCUCUUGGAGUGUGGGCCUCUCACCAAUGAUGUGGCUUACGUGCUUCAGAUGCCGAGAGAUCUGCAGAGCCUGACAAUGACAUCCGAAUUGACCCCGGACACCAAGCGACAUAGCAUGGACGACCCUAUCAGUAUACAAGAAGCUGUUGACGCUCUGCAAUCAAUCAAGAAUAGCCUCAUAGAGCUCGAUCUAGACCCCGGACCGAGCGAGCACUGGACACAUCCGAGGAUGGGUAACAGAGUUUUUCCUCGAUUCAUGGAGCCGUACCAGUCUCACGCAUUCGAAGGCUUUAGCAAGCUUCAGCGCCUCACAGCACCCUUGGAGAUGUUCUCGCAGUCCACAGGCAAAAUGAGUCGCCGUGAGGACCAUACUUUCUACACGAAUUUUCCACCAUCCCUACAGGGACUCACGUUGGUCGCUACAUCGAGAGAACCAUUCAACAAAAUGCUAGAGCAUACAUAUGCUCUGUCAGAUAACAAAGUCGUCGUGGGAGAUCGUGUCGUGGAACUCAGCAAUCUGUCUUGCCAAGCAGAUGCAUAUGAGAAGGCACACGAGUUAUUCGAGGAGCUAUCGCAACUUGCAGAUCACAGAUACUCGGUACCAGCUCUUCGUGAAGUCCAUCUUCUGAGAGAUCCUUGUCAAUGGCUUGAUUGUGAACAUGUCAAGCUAUGCAAGCGACAGCUCGAGCAGGCUGGUAUCUCUGUACACGUACAUGAUAGAGCCAUUGAGGGACCGACUCAAGACAACUACAGAAGGUGGGGUUCAGAGCUGUAG